AUGGCAAACCAAUAUCCUGGCCACCAACUGGAUGAUAUUCCUCCUACAAACGUUUACAGACCUCCCAGACGCCGUUCAGAUGAUGAAGCGGAACACUCCUUACUCCAUCAAACCUCCGCAUAUCAACCCCAGUAUGACGAUCCUCACUCUCGGCCUCUAACCCCUGGACAAGAGUCGGUUUACACCUUGAAUGAGUCGUAUGUGGGAGGAGAUCCUUCGAAAGUGCCCGUUACCACUUACAAUCCACAAUAUACCCAGCCCUACGGCUCAGGUUACGACUCUGGUAAUCUGCAACCAGGCUUCCCGAGUUCAGGACCGCCCGAUCCCAUUGAGCGAGCCAACUCAACCGAAGCUUGGAAAGAGCGGCAGGCGCCUGGAUUUGGAACGAUCAAGCGCUAUGCUACCAGAAAGGUCAAACUUGUCCAAGGCAGCGUGCUGAGUAUCGACUACCCCGUUCCCAGUGCCAUUCAAAACGCCAUCCAGCCCAAGUAUCGAAAUGACCUGGAAGGAGGCAGUGAGGAGUUCACACACAUGCGGUACACGGCAGCCACUUGCGACCCCGACGAUUUCACCUUGAAGAAUGGGUACAAUUUGCGCCCGGCCAUGUACAAUCGACACACUGAGCUGCUGAUUGCCAUUACCUACUACAACGAGGACAAAGUCUUGACAGCUCGCACUCUUCACGGUGUCAUGCAGAAUAUUCGUGAUAUCGUCAACUUGAAGAAGUCCGAGUUCUGGAACAAGGGUGGCCCGGCGUGGCAGAAGAUCGUCGUCUGUCUCGUGUUUGACGGCAUCGACCCCUGUGACAAGAACACUUUGGAUCUGCUGGCCACUGUGGGCGUCUAUCAAGACGGAGUCAUGAAGAAGGACGUGGAUGGCAAGGAAACUGUGGCUCAUAUCUUCGAAUACACGACACAACUGUCGGUCACCGCGAAUCAACAACUCAUUCGACCCAACGACAACGAUGCGACAUCCCUCCCGCCUGUGCAGAUGAUCUUCUGUCUGAAACAGAAGAACAGCAAGAAAAUCAACUCUCACAGAUGGCUCUUCAAUGGGUUUGGCCGCAUACUCAACCCCGAAGUUUGCAUCUUGCUCGAUGCAGGAACCAAACCUGGUCCCAAGUCCCUGCUGGCGCUCUGGCAGGCUUUUUUCAACGACAAAGAUCUGGGAGGUGCUUGUGGUGAGAUCCAUGCCAUGUUGGGGCCGGGCGGUGUCUUCGGGAGAAAACUUCUGAACCCCCUGGUGGCGGCUCAAAACUUCGAGUACAAGAUCAGCAACAUCCUGGACAAACCGCUGGAGAGCUCAUUUGGAUAUGUGAGUGUCUUGCCCGGCGCAUUCUCAGCAUAUCGUUUCAGAGCCAUCAUGGGUCGCCCUCUUGAGCAGUAUUUCCACGGUGACCACACUCUAUCCAAGAGACUGGGAAAGAAGGGUAUCGAAGGCAUGAACAUUUUCAAAAAGAACAUGUUUUUGGCCGAAGAUCGUAUCUUGUGCUUCGAAUUGGUCGCCAAAGCUGGGUCGAAAUGGCAUCUCACCUACGUGAAAGCCUCCAAAGCCGAGACUGAUGUGCCAGAAGGCGCCCCCGAAUUUAUCGGCCAGCGACGCCGCUGGCUCAAUGGCUCCUUUGCCGCCUCCAUCUAUUCGCUGAUGCAUUUCUCCCGCAUGUACAAAUCCGGACAUAACAUCAUCCGGAUGUUCUUCUUCCACAUCCAGAUGAUUUACAACAUUGUCUCCGUCACUCUAUCCUGGUUUUCGCUCGCUUCGUUCUGGCUGACUACCAAGGUCAUGAUGGAUCUGGUAGGCCAGCCAAGCACCAGCAACAACAAUUCGGCCUUUCCAUUCGGUAACACAGCGACUCCAAUCAUCAACACGAUCCUUCAGUAUUUGUACAUGGCUUUUCUACUGUUGCAGUUCAUUCUGGCGCUGGGAAAUCGGCCCAAGGGUUCGAAAGUGGCAUACAUCAUCUCAUUCUGCCUCUUCGGGCUCAUUCAGCUUUACGUCAUUGUGUUGUCAAUGUAUUUGGUGGUCCGGGCCUUCACCAGCAAAGACGGGACUGACAUCGUUACUAACGAGGGAGCGAAUGAGUUUGUCAAGUCUUUUUUCUCCUCAACUGGACCAGGGAUCGUCAUCAUUGCUCUCGCCGCCACGUUCGGGCUGUAUUUUGUCGCCUCGUUCCUGUACAUGGAUCCCUGGCACAUGUUCACUUCGUUUGCUCAAUACCUGAUCAUCAUGCCGUCUUUCAUCAACAUCCUGAUGAUUUACGCUUUCAGCAACUGGCACGAUGUCUCGUGGGGAACCAAGGGCUCGGACAAGGUGGAUGUCCUUCCUUCUGCCCAGACCACGAAGGAUGAAAAGGGCAAGACAGCAGUGGUGGAAGAAGUUGACAAGCCGCAAGCAGACAUUGACAGUCAGUUCGAAGCCACUGUUCGGCGUGCCCUGGCCCCAUACAAACCACCGGUGGAAAAGGAAGAGAAGACUUUGGAGGACUCUUACAAGAACUUCCGAACCCGACUGGUUGCGACUUGGAUUUUCUCGAAUGCGUUGCUUGCUGUUGCAAUAACAAGCGACAGCCUCGAUAAGUUCGGCUUCACAGUGAGACUCUCAUCAAUCUCCAUGCAUGGAAUAUCAUUUGCUAACCUACGUAACAGUCUCGAGCUACUUCAAGAACCAGCCACUUUUUCCAAGCACUCCUGUGGACAACUGCGGCAUUGUCUCUAA